AAAAGUAUUGGAACAUCAAGAACAAAAACCCAAACUGAUCGUAUCGCAUCAUCAUGAAAGUAUCUGCUUACCACCUACAAUCAACAACGACUACUGUAGGAAGUAUCACCACGAAUCAAAUAACGUUCGAUGCCUCACAGUUUUCAACGGAAGAAAAGCUUUCGCUUUGUGGAGGUGCUGAUUUGUGGAAUCUGCGAGCCGUUCCGACAGUUCACCCCUCCGUGAACAGCAGUCAAACGAGCAUCUGUCUCUCGGACGGCCCCCAUGGCCUCCGAAAGCCUCUGAAUGACCUGACACUACAGGAAUCCCAUCCAGCGACUUGUUUUCCAUCGGCAUGUGCGACAGCUUGCUCCUGGAAYGUAGAUCUGGUAGAGCGUAUGGGGCGAGCGUUGGCAACGGAAUGUGAAUUUUAUGACGUACAAGUUCUGCUUGGUCCGGGAAUCAACCUCAAACGCAAUCCACUCGGAGGUAAGCUUACAUUCGACGAAUCCAUUSGGGUAGAUAUUUGCAAUACAUGAACCAUUUUUUAGAAUUAUCUUGGUUAACUAACGUUUUACUUUGAUCACAACUUGGCAAUCAUGCGACCAAUCUAGGGAGAAAUCAUGAAUAUUUUUCGGAAGAUCCACUGUUAACAGGUCUUUUGGCAAAGGCUUAUAUUGCAGGUGUGCAAGAGUCAGGAUCUGUCGCAGCCUGUAUCAAGCAUUUUUGUGCAAAUAAUCAAGAGUCGGCUCGAUUUGUUGUCAAUGCAGUAGUAGACGAACGCACACUAAGAGAAUUGUACCUUCCGGCCUUCGAAAUGUCAAUUUCGUGUCAGCAUGGCAGUGCCAACAACCACAAUGCUCCUAAACUCGUCAUGGCGGCUUACAACAAGGUCAAUGGGAUUUAUUGUUGCGAGCACAAGUAUUUGUUGCAAUCGAUCUUGAGGGACGAAUGGAAAUUUCCAGGGGUCGUGGUGUCCGAUUGGGGUGCCGUCAGUGAUCGCGUUGAAAGCCUACGAGCAGGAAUGGAUCUUGAAAUGCCAGGUACCUUAAAGARGGGUGUCUUUGAUAAGGAAGUCCUCGAUCACGUAAGAAAGCACCCUGAAGAAUCAAGAUACAUCGARACAGCUAUCGAUGAUUCCGCUAGCCGUAUUGCUAAUUUGAUUGAAAAAUUMGACCGAGGCAGGAGUAAUAUCCAGAAAACAAAUCGCCAAAGUACUACAAGCGACAYUGUAAAACUUUUUGACAAGCACGAUCAAUUGGCUCGUACAAUUGCUCAAGAAUGCAUUGUUAUGCUUCAGAACCGAGAAAAUCUGUUGCCACUCUCUCGAGAGAAGAAUAUCGCUUUGAUCGGUGAUUUUGCGAAGAGUUUUCCUCGUUAUCAAGGCAUGGGAUCGGCUCACGUAACUCCUACAGGAAUURCCUGCUUACACACUGCCAUGGAAUCAUUCAUAUCCGAGAACGACUUUGGAAGCACARUGUCCUUUGCGCGAGGCUACGACGCUCACGCCGAAGGUGAUGAGAUCGAUCAAAACUUAAUCGACGAAGCGGUUGAGAUAGCCCAGAAAUCAAGUACGGAUGUGGUUAUAAUUUGUGUUGGUGUACCCGAAAUCAUGGAAAGCGAAGGAUUCGACAGGACWCAUAUUCGGAUGCCACAGCAACACAUUGCUUUGGUAGAAGCUGUGAUCAAUGUCCAUUCAAAUGUUGUGAUUGCCUUGAGCAACGGCGGAAUCGUUGAAAUUCCGCAAUCCUUUGUGGAUGGUGCAAAAUCCAUUCUGGACGGAUUCUUACUAGGACAAGCGGGUGGACACGCCUUCGUUGAUGUGUUCUUUGGAGUUGUCUCCCCGAGCGGGAAACUAUCAGMAACUAUCCCACUUCGUGUGGAAGAUGAUAUUCCAUCGAGCGCUUAUUUCCCAGGGACAACCGAAACAGUAGAAUAUCGCGAGGGACUGGACGUCGGUUAUCGUUAUUUCGAUACAGUGAACAUUCCUGUUCGAUUCCCYUUUGGCCAUGGACUGCAAUACGYAAACUUUCAAUACAGUAACUUACGCAUUGAUAUUCAGGAAGACACCGAGAAUUCGAAGCGAGUUGUUGUUUYGUUAGACGUGAAAAAUAUUGGCUGUGCUAACACAGACGCGGCUUCGACGUUCUCGAAACCGGUGAAGGAAGUUAUCCAGCUAUACAUCCGACCGAUCCAAUCCAGCGUUUACAGACCACACCACGAACUCAAAUGUUUUUCGAAGCUGGAGCUCUCGUUGGGCGAGAAAAAGUCGGCACAAUUCACCUUGGACGAAAGGGCCUUUUCUUUCUACGACAUCGGAUUGCGAGACUGGAUAGUUGAAAAGUCGGUUCCAUUCGAAAUCGAGGUCGGGGCYAGCAGCCGGGACAUCCGUUUGAAAGAGACGAUCCAAUUUCAGACGGGUGGGAAUUCCACUCAAAUUGCUAGGGAGUCGUAUCCUCCCAUUGUCCAUAAGGAACACGCAUCUGUUGCUGGCACCGUUUCCAGACCAAAGAGCUUUGUGGUCGACGAUGAAACGUUCACAAAACGUUUCGCGAAAGGCGKUGUACAACUUCGCUCGCCGACUCCAAURUCUGUGGACCUCGCUGCCAAMCUUACGAACGAAGAGCCGAAACGAAAACUGUACCUUUCCCGCAAUACCUUGCUUGUGGAUGCCGCAAAAUCAUCGUUGAUUGCAGCGAUUAUCAUGAGGAUUGCGAUGAAGGUUGCAGCAAGCGAAGUGAAGGAGGGACCUAMGAAGAAACAAGAACUCCGUAUGAUCCGCGCCAACGUUGAGAACAGUCCUCUGAGAUGCUUGGUGAUUUUCAGUAGAGGAACUAUCACAUUCGGAAUGCUAGAUUUUCUUAUCAUGAUAAUGGACGGUCGAUGGGCAGCGGCGUGCAGACACCUCUURAGAAGACGAAAACCAGAAAAGAUCCGUCGCGAGGGCUGGAUGAGAUGAUCUGACUGAAAACGAAGGGGAUGCUUUCCCAUAGAGAACAAGCGAUGAAACAAUUAUUGUUAAAUAUAAACCGCGACAGUGGUCAAUUUUUAAAUUUUAUAACCUAGUGUAUCUACCAGUGUGUUUUACCAUGUCGAAGCUACGACGUUCAGUAAACGCAUGUGCAUCCAUCCAAAUUCCUAGGAAAAAACCGUAGCAUGCCGGCCCAAACACCAUCCCUACACAAGAACACCAGUUUGGACUUUGCUACAGCUCUACAUCGGAUACCUCGUCUUGGAUCAACUGAUGGUAASUUUUCCUCUCCGAAGGUUCGCCUUCCUCGUCUACGUCGGCAUCGGCAAGGAUGACACAUCCCGCGAUGUAGGACAACCUUGGAAACUCGUUCUGCAGGUACUCGUAUCCAUCUUCUUCGUAGAUCUUUUGCGGGUCGGGCCCUUUGCCCCACUUCAGGAUUGAAAACGAAGAUGGUUYGGGGGCAAASAUGCCACAAUKAGCAKCCGAGUUCAAAUCAAAUCGCAGYAGCAGCAACAACAAARGAACCCUGUGUCAGAUACAASAAAACAAGACAAAAGAAAUAACAAAAUUACUUCAACUCAAUUGGACCCUGUCCAAAAGUCCGCACRGCCCGACAYRACUCACGGGUUCCAUGUCCCCAUACGAGAACCACCUGGCUACCACCUCCAGGUCCUCCGGUUCGACGUAUCCAAAGGGGGUUUCCCACGAAUUUACACCAAAAUAAUCGAGCUGCGACUCCGGGGUAUCUGGCAUGGCGAUGAACACCUCUGAGGACCGCGAGUCCUUGCCACUCCCGGCAUAGGACAUGAAUCCCGGCUCGAACUGAAUAUCUAAAGGAACGUCGUCGGGGAUGCUCGCCUCGCGGUAAAUCGUCCGCUGCUCGUAUACGGCACCGAUUCCAAACUGGGUCAGGAAUCCGGGAACAACCCGGUUGAGAGCACACCCGUCAAAGUACUUGGUUUCGGCCUUGGCAAGCUCCAAGAAGCGCGCGGCACCCAGCGGAGACCAGGCCUGGAGUGUGGAGCACGCCGAGAAACAACGGUUGAAUAGUGAGUGGGGUGUGAGCGAGACCGAUCCGACAGAUUCGAUGCAGGAGCACAGGGGAAUUUUAGCACGAUUGUCUACUACUCAGUUGUUUCCUCACUCGACGACGAGCCCUGUACAUACCGGUUUGACCUUGAUGCGAAUGUCUCCCUCGGUAGUCCCGCAGACCACCGACUUGGUUUCGAUCCCCAGAUACUCGUCCUCGGUCUGGACAUCGCCCAGGAUGUGGAUCUGGGGCCAAAGACCCAUGCCGUCCUCGCCCUCUUCUUCGUCGGCGUCCUCCCCGGCCUCGUCGUCGUGCUCGGGAUCGGUUUUGCGGGGCUCGGACGCCUGGACCUCGAAGCUGUGCUCGGYCCCGUUCCAUUCGUACACAAACACGUGGCCCCGGUAGGUUCCCGCGGAGGCUUGUUCGUAMGGGGCCGCGAUGACUGCCGGGUAUUUCGUGCGCUCGGGAGUGCUGGUGUCGACCCAGUGUAUUUCGAUCGUUUCCUCCGAAAAAUUCAGAAAGGUCACUACCUCGUACGAUUCAUCGUGGYCUUCUGGUUCCGUCUCGGAAUCGGUGCCAUCUGCGGCAGCGCGGUUGUUGCAGCUUGCAACGAGGAGGAGCAGGAAGAAAAUAUCGGCGAAGAACUUCAUUUUUGGAAUGCGACUCGGUUCGCCGGUCGGGUUGCUCUGAUAGGYGGCGACGGUGGAUGUGGCUGCGGCUGCGGCUGGARCUUUUGUUGCCGUGCUUGUUUUCCAAAAGCGAAUGCAAAGAGCUGACCGUUCGAGGCGGGCCCAAGAUAAAGUCAAUGCGCUAGA